AUGGCGCCCAUGAUUCAGGAUGGCCCUGCGACCACCCAGUCUUCCGCCCUCAAAUCCGCCAGCGCUGCACCAACCUUGUAUGAGCAUGUGGACGAAAGCAGCCUCCAGGCCAACGCAACGACAUACUUGGUCAAUUAUGGUACCAAAUUUGAGGAAGAUAUUGUCACUGGCAGCAAAGGAUUAUAUGUCUACACGGCCAAAGGCCACAAAGUGCUUGACUGGACUUCGGGGCAGAUGUCAUGUUUGAUCGGCCAUGGACAUCCAGAAAUUGUGGCAACCAUUCAAAAUCACGCGGCCGAACUUGAUCAUUUGUUCUCUGGCAUGCUUUCUCCACCAGUGAUCAGCCUCGCGCAACGUCUGACUUCAUCACUGCCUGAUGGUCUCGACAAGGCAUUUUUCCUAUCGACUGGCGGCGAGUCCAACGAAGCGGCAAUUAAAAUGGCAAAGAUAUAUACCGGCAAAUUUGAGAUUGUCGGGCUCGGCGCUUCCUGGCAUGGCGUGACUGCACAAGCGUUAGGCACCCAGUAUCACUUCGGUCGCAAGGGCCAAGGCCCACUAAUGCCAGGGAUGCACAUGUUACCGCCACCAAACGGUUAUCGCUCGAUCUUCCGCAACCCUGACGGAAGCUACGACUGGGAAACUGAAUUGAACUAUGGCUGGGACCUGAUAGAUCGGGCAUCAUGUGGCUCUUUAGCGGCGUGCAUCGUGGAAUGUAUCCAAUCGUCAGCUGGCAUGCAUGUCCUUCCCCCAGGCUAUCUUAAAGCUCUCAAAAAACACUGUGAAGAGCGAGGUAUGCUUCUGAUUGUUGACGAGGCACAGACGGGUGUCGGCCGAUGUGGCGACCUCUUCGCAAUCAACCAUGAGGAUGUCGUACCGGACCUUUUGACCCUGAGCAAGACUCUUGGCAAUGGUAUCCCGCUCAGUGCAGUCGUGACAAGUAAUGAGAUUGAGCGAGUGUGUACAGAGAGAGAUUUUUGUUUCUAUACAACCCAUGUCAACGAUCCGCUUCCGGCAGCAGUGGGAGACAAGGUCCUUGAGAUAGUCUUGCGAGACGACCUCGUAGCACACUCUCGCUCCGUGGGCUCACACUUACACGCCGGUCUUCAAAAACUCCAAUCUCGCUAUGGGUGCAUUGGGGAUGUACGCGGCCGAGGGCUGAUGUGCGGUGUGGAAAUAGUUGGAGACAGGCAAAAGAAGACACCAGAUCUUGAGCUUGCACGCAAUCUCUCCAAGAGCAUGUACGGCUUGGGCCUCUGGGCGAACCUGAGCAGCCACGCGAGCUUCGGUGGGGUGUUUAGAAUCGCUCCGCCUAUAGUUGUGACUCGGGCGCAGAUUGAUGAAGGAUUGGAAAUUAUGGAGCGGGCUUUUGCGGAGACACGGGGAAGUCAGCCACUCUACUAG